GCCCUUCUGCAUUAUUCUUCCUUUCUUCAGCUGAGACAUGCAGUGGAGACACAUGGGAUAAGAAAUUUCAUUUUUAAGAAGCUUUGCUUUUAGAAAAUUGACAACUCAGCGCACAACUGUAUUUUCUGGAGGAAUUAUUUUGUUAUGACAUUGCCUGAGAUGUGUGAACCGUGCCUGCGGAGCCUCAGGCAGCGCCGUGUCUCUCUUGUGGACAAGCUCGAGUGGCACAUUGACUCUCUUGUAGAUUUACUGGUCGCGAAAAAUGUCUUCACCAGAGAUGAUCGAGAGGAGAUACUGUACGAAAAAGGGCCUCGUGGAAAGGUUCGCAAAGUACUGGAUAUAUUGGAAUGCAAAGGAGAAGAGGCAGCAAGAAUCUUCAUAUCUGCCAGCAGCCAACUUAAAGAAUCUGACUCCAAAACUAUCGAUCAGGCUCCAAAACAGACAACAGAAUACCAAAAGCUGAUAGAAAAGCACAAAGCUGUCCUAAAGCGCAGAAGCGACUGCAUGCUCUACUAUAACACACGGCAUGGAGAGAAGAUCCCCUUUUCUGAACACUACGUCAAUCUGCUGAUCGUGAAAGGCCACCACAGUUUAGAGAUCAAAAGGCAUGAGCUCCUGACUUUCGGAAGGCAACGUAUUUCUCUUCAGCAAAAAGCUUCAGCGCAACGACUGAUCAAACCGGCUCAGCUGUUCUCCAGUGAAACAGGUGAACAAGAAAGCAGGAAGAUCUUGGUUACUGGAGUGGCGGGUAUAGGCAAGACUGUGCUUGUUCAGAAGAUCCUCAGUGAUUUCAGCAACGGCAAGGAGCACCAGUCUUUUGACUUCAUUAUCCACUUGACUUUUAGGGACUUGAACCUCAUCAGCAAGCCAGUCAGCCUUCGAGAACUGAUUCUGAAGAAGAACGGGCACCUGGCUAAACAUCUCGAUGCCAUUACGGAAAACGACACCAAACUCUUGAUCAUUCUGGAUGGCUUUGAUGAAUUUAAGCACUACCGAGGGUGUGAUGUGGACGCAUAUCUGACCGAGCUUGAUGAUGAGGGGGAGGUUGUGGAGGUUUUAUCCAGUUUGAUGCUGGGUGAACUCCUCCCUGGAGCUUCAGUGUUGGUGACCAGCAGACCCAUGGCUAUAAGCCAUAUCCCUGUAGGAGCUAUUGACUAUUUUGUGGUCAUCACUGGGUUCUCCACUGCCGAGAUCCGUGACUUCUUCCAGCGUUUCUUCCAGGAUGAAGUCGUAGCUUCUGAGAUGUUUGACACUGCGGCUAAAAAUGAACUGAUGCUCACGCUGUGCUACAUCCCGGCUUUCUGCCACAUUGUUUGUAGCAUUCUGAAAGAGAACAUCUGUUUAUCCACAGCUUGCCCCAGAACAAUGACAGACAUUUACGUGCAGUACUUGCUGGCACUGGUCAAAUCACACACAAAGAAUCGAGUUGACUCCACCAAUGACAGCCACGGUAUGGAGCAUCAAGAGUGUCUCCAAAAUGUCCUGUUAAAGCUAGGCAGAUUGGCAUUUCAGAAACUAAUGAAUCAAGAGACUCUGUUUUAUAGCAGUGAUGAUGAAAUAGUAAACUCUGCUCUAGUAAGCACCUUCCUAGACAAGACCUCUGUUCAAGAACCAGGCUGCACAGAAGACGUGUACUCCUUCACACAUCUCACAAUUCAGGAGUUUUUUGCAGCACUCUACUCUGCCAUGGCGGAAGUACCCUUAUCUGACACGUUAGGUUCUGGCACUGAGUACAGCAUUAAAAGCUUGCCAGGGAACCUGGAUCUGUUCACCACAUUCCUCUCUGGUCUGCUCUCAGAGAGGAACCAAGCACUGCUCUCAAGAAAUAUCGGGUUCAGACCACAGGAGGAUAAAACGCAGUCCUUCAGAACACAGCUAAUGGCCGAUAUUCGAGCCUUGUGCGAGAACGGAGCUUACAUUCUCACACACUUGCACUGUGUUCUAGAGCAACAGGAUGUUCUUCCAUUGCAGGAGCUUCAGCUGCAACUGCUGCGAGUUAACCUCAGUGACGUGCCUCUCUCAUCCAUGGACUACAAUGCUUUAAAGCACUUUCUCAAAGAAAUCCAGAUCCAGACUGUAUCUGAGCUAGAUCUGACUGGGACAAACGUAAACGCAGAAGCCCUAAGAGAACUGCUGCCCUACUUGCUAAGAUGCGAGAAGCUGUGGCUGGGAGAAAACAAUCUGGACAUGGAGGCAGUAAAGGUUGUUGCUGAGGUAGUGGAAGCAUCUGACACUUUAACGGAACUAGGAUUGGGAUGGACUGACAUUGGCGAUGAGGAGCUUUUAGUGCUCACAGAUGCCAUUAAGUGCAAGCAAACACUGAGAGAGCUUUGGAUGGAGGGGAACAGACUCAGCUUUGCAGGCCUGUCAUCACUAAUGGCCUUAACUCCAUAUCCUCUGAAGAGAGUCGUUGCUAUUUGGAACAACGUCAAUAAUGAUGAAGGAGUGCGACUCAACCACCUCAGUUCUGGCCAGUGCUUCAACGUGUCCUUCACAGAUGACCGUAUGUGGGAGGACUGGGCCAAAUGGGUUCUUCAGAGAUGUGAGGUCAGCAGCAGUGAGAAGCUUGUGACAUUUCUGCACAAAGUGUGUGACAUCUCUAUCUGUAGUCUAGAAAGCUCCUGGGCCAAGGCCUUCUACAGCAGCCUGACUCAACUUAUAAGAAUUCGAAUUGAACAGUGCUUAGAGGACGAGGAUGUGCAGCGAAAACUGAGGAAAUUUGAGGCAAUUCUCGCCUCCUAGUGGAUUUUUCACCUACUUUUGCCAUUUAGAAGCAACGCAUUUAUUUUGCGAUUUUUUAAUUGGUGGUGGUAAAAAAUAUCUGUUUAUUAUGUUUAUCCACUUUUUUUCUAAUUAAACCAAGAAUGGGUUUGUUGUGUUUUUGUCAAGCUAUUGUACAUUUACUGUACAUAUUAUUUAUAGUUGAUGUUACAAACAUCAUUUUGUGUAUUUAUUUUGUAGCAAUAUUGUAUUAUUCUCCAUAUAUUAGUUUACGGAAUGUGUCGUGAACCCAGUGUCAUCUUUCAGUGGCUUUACGAAUCAUUGGUGAAGGAGUACUGCUUCACGUGACUUAUAUACAUCUAUCAUGUUUCACUUUAUACAAUGUUUUUGCAAUUGUAACAUUUGUGUGACAUUACGAACAAAGAAAAACAUUUUACAUUAAAUAGGAUGUUACAAUGUCUUGCUUUGUUCUGAUUGGCAGUGCAAUACUCUACUUAAUUCAGGUUGAAAAAUAAUUCAAAGGUAUUUGAUGUUUU